AUGUUACCCAUCAUUCUGCUUCUUCUCGCCCUUCUCUUCCCUUCAGUCGAAUCCGGUUCUGUUGAACUCUUCCCGGGCUUUUACUUGGCAUGCGGGGGAAGGACUUGUAGUCAAAAUGAUCCCGUGUUCAAUAACAUUGGAAAUGUCCGAUAUAACGAAUGGAAUAACCCGCUCUACUACAAUAACCAAAACAGCGUCCAAUACGGUUACGGAAGCGGAUACGGGAAUACGAACUACAACUACAACCGGCCCACCUACAACCAGAAUUACAACCAAAACUACCGCUACAAUCAGCCCUAUCAACAACAGCAGAAUACGUAUUCUGGAAGGAACUACUAUUCGAAUACUCAAUACUACCAAAACUCGAUCCAGCAAGCACCACAGCAGAGAACCCCCUACUACAACUCCGGAUAUCGGGCUUCAUACCAACAAUAUGGACUUUUGGUGGCUACGGUCGUAGAUGCGGAAUUUAAAUUGCUAUCUUCGCAUCGAGGAAAACUGUCGCGCUCGGCAUUAUCAAAUGAGGAAGAGCAUGCGAGUGUUCGGAAUUUUGUGUCCGGCCAGAAUUUCAUAUUCUCAGUCAUUAAUGCCCAUCUAUUGGAUAAUGACAAUUCUUAUACUGAGAAUAUCACUGUCGUGAUCAGCAAUGGGGAUUCUGUAUCGGCGGACAUUACCAUCACCUCCCCAUUCGUUGCCCUUCAAAAUAACCAAUUUACGGUGCCGCCAAAAACCAUUUAUAGCUACUCCCUGCCCCCAGAAAUCCAAACAAACUACCGUAACGUUGAUGUGGGGUACGUCAAGACCUCUAACAAAAGUAUCAGCCUGGUCGCCAAAAACGCAAAGGUCACGGUGGUUGUAAGGAAUUCGCAUUCGGACGGCCUUUCGGAGGAUGAUUAUGUGAUCUACCCUACUUGCACACUUGGAAGUCAAUACCAUUCGGUUGGGGACGAGUCGCUUUGGUCUGGGAAGAAUGCUACCAAUAUCUUUUCGAUUACAGCUUUACAGGAUAAUACUUUGGUUGCCACCUACCCCCGGCUAACCGUCGUAAACUUCACAAUAAACGCCGGCGAAGUGUUGACCCUAUCCUCGGAUAUCUACCCCAUGUCAAACUACCGAAUCCUCGCUUCGGCCCCAGUUGCUGUAACCUCCGGAGCUGUUUGUGGAUUUGGAUAUUACAACCAAAACCAAUGCAAUCAUGAGGCAGUCAUGCUCUUCCCCCUCGCCGACAGCGGGGUAGCAUUCCCGUACACCCAAUUUAAAUCCGAGGAUAACGGAGAGUUGAUGGUGUUCGUUACGGACAAUCGCACGAUCGUUUCACUCGAUGGGGUUCCCUGGGAUAGGUUCGACGCUAUUGAAUACGGGCUUCUACGGGUUCAAGGGAGUGUCUUUAUCACUAUGGACAAGCCGGGAUACGUUAUUGCAAUCGGCUCAACGAGGUCCGACUUCCAGGGCAGCCCAUUUUUAGCUCAUAUUCCUUCCCUGUCCCAAUAUACCAAUCAGACGUACCUUCAGGUCCAAACCGGCCUUGUCGGGCGCACAUUCGCUUCUCAUUAUAUCCGAAUCCAAACCGAUGUCCAGAUGACAGACGGAAUAUCCGUCGAUGGCUGGCCUAUUAAUGCAUUGUUUUAUGAAAGACAAGGCAAAUCAGCGAGUUACAUCGCAGACUGGUCAAUUAAUGCUGGAACCCAUGUGAUCCAGACGACAAAGCCGGGCGUCCGAUUCUCUGCUACUGUCUACGGCUUUGCCCCUUUCACUGCAUAUGCUUAUACGGCUGGAAUGGACUUGCCAGUCGUUGGUGCCUGC